UGAUCAUACCGAGCUUGAAAACUAUUUCAGGGCGGGUUUUGGAACGAAAAAUGUCAUACGCGAACUGUAUUUCAACCUUUUACCUCGCUGAGAAAUAUGAGUGUGACGAGCUUAUCACCAACAGCAGGCUUUAUAUUCACGAAAACAUCGUUACCGUGGCAAAACUGGAUGAAUUUUUGCAGUUGGAAGCUAAAGAGAUCGAGAAGUGGAUUUCGUCCGACGAAAUUACAGUCAAAGAGGAAGCUGAUGUUUUUAAAAUCGUAUUAGACUGGGUAAACCACAGAAAGAGUGAGCGAAAAACAGCAUUUGAAGAACUGUUUCGUCAUGUUCGACUCAGUUUUCUGUCGCGUGACUGUUUAGAGGAUGUCGUGACAAACGAACUGGUGCGUGAGAGUUUCACUUGUGUUAAAUUGGUCAUGGAUGCAACCGUACAGAUGGCUACCUUUGUUGAUGAAGAUGAUAUUCUGCAAUCACCAAGAAUAUGUCUUUAUACACGUGUCAUUGUAGCUCGUGGUGGCAUGUACACUUAUUGUUAUCUUCCUGAAGAAGACCUCUGGAAGCGCCUACCAGAUGGUCUGAAGGAGCAAAACGCAAGUUCAACUCGGAUGAUAAAAUUUCGUGGCCAGUUGUUCACAUUCACCAAUGAUCAAAAUUCAGAGAUAUACGAUCCUGUUUUUGACGUUUGGUCCGAGCUGAACUUGAGCGCAAAUUCUGCAAAGGUGGCUGUUCUUAAAGGAGAAAUUUAUGCUGUUGAAGUUGACAACUUUUGCAGGAAAACUUCCACGAAGAGGUACAAUGUAACGCAGUAUGCAUGGGAGACAAUUCACUCAUAUCAUGAACAGUGUAGACUGGAUGCUUGUGUUAUUGCAGCCGGCGACCAUCUGUAUGCGUUUGGUGGGAACAUUCCACACUCAAGUGAGUACGUUGCCAUAGCUGAGAGAUUUGACACUUUGGAAAACAAGUGGGAGAGAAUUGCAGAUAUGCUGGAAGGAAGAAGAUGCGCUUUUGGCGUUGCCUCUCGAGAAAAAAUCUUUGUAGCUGGAGGAGAAAACAUGACAGGAAGAUUAAAAACUUGUGAGAUGUACAAUACGUUAACAAACGAAUGGCAACUUGUUGCAAACUUGAAAGUCCCACGCUGUUAUGGUAGUAUGGUUUGUCUGGACGGAAAGCUGUACGUACUGGGUGGAGAAAGUAAUUUAAACCGAAAGGAACUAAGUGUUGAAUUUUUGCACCCUGCAAAUGACCAAUGGAUCCAGGAAACAACCAUACCAGUGACAAACAUUGACCCAGAAAAUAACGACAUAUUCACUGGCUCUGUUCUGAAGCUUUCAAGAGAAUUACUAGACAAACUUAUGAUUGUUGAGCAGUAGUCUCUCUGACACUUUACAGCUUUAUAAGAAUUAGUCAUGUUGUUCAUAGCAGACAGUUGGCACAGCCAUUUUUUUUAUUACCUUAAUUUAGAAGCUCGCCCAAGGAAAGGCUGGGUUAAAUCAAAGGUCCCCUCUUAUUAGUCACCGUUUACUUUGAACCUUAUACUUAAAAUUCUCUCUGGGAGGGAAAACAAGCGUGAGUUGUUUUUCUUCUAAAUUAGAACUAGGAUCCUCCUGUCAUCCUAAUCUUUGUACCCUAUGCCCUUUUGCUUGCGUUUAUAUUCAAUCAGGGACCAAUAAUUAAUUAUUACUCGGGCCAACAGAGGGAUUUUGGGGGAUUAAACCUUUAACUCCCAAGAUCUGAUUGUCAAUUCUCCCUGCUUGCUGCUACACAUUUUCUUGUAAAUUAGUUACAGGAAUUUGCUGUUACAUCAAGAUAGCAACUUUUACCUGAUAAGUUUGAGUAUCCUCAUUAUAUUUAGCUGGAUAAUGUAUGAUUCAAGGGUGACAUUGUAAGGAGAUAUUAGAUGCUAAUCACUCUUGGGGAUCAAAGGGUUAACUUUGUAAAAUUACUUCAAUGCAUGUAAGAAAAUAGUCAUUUAUUUAAAGAAUGACAUAUAAGAAAAUUGUUCAAAGCACAAAACAGAGAAGAGCUAGUUGUGAGGGCUUGAGCCCCACCCAGUUACAAUUUCACUGUCAGAUUAUAUUCUAUCAGCUGAGCUACAUAAAAGUAGUUGGUGACCCAG